AUGCCCAGAGAAAUAAUUACCAUCCAGGCUGGCCAGUGUGGCAAUAACAUUGGGACGCAGUUUUGGCAGCAGCUCUGCCUGGAGCAUGGCAUCAACCAGGACGGAAACCUAGAGGAGUUUGCUACAGAGGGAGGAGAUCGCAAAGACGUGUUUUUCUACCAGGUCCUCAGCACGAUUCAAAACGGCCCGUAUAGCAACAUCUACAACCCGGAGAACUUCUUUAUAGGCAAAGAUGGUAGUGGUGCGGGAAACAACUGGGCAGCUGGUUAUGCCACAGGUGACACCGUGCAAGAGGAGAUAUUUGACAUGAUUGACCGUGAAGCAGACGGCAGUGAUUCGCUGGAGGGCUUCAUGCUCCUUCAUUCUAUUGCAGGAGGAACAGGUUCUGGCCUGGGAAGCUUUAUUCUCGAGCGAAUGAACGAUCGAUUCCCAAAGAAAUUAAUUCAGACAUACUCUGUCUUCCCUGACACGCAGGCUGCAGAUGUUGUCGUCAACCCGUAUAACAGCCUGUUGACUAUGAGACGGCUUACGCAAAAUGCAGACUCGGUCGUUGUGCUUGACAAUGGAGCACUCUCCAGAAUUGCGGCAGACAGACUCCACGUGCAAGAACCGUCUUUCCAACAGACGAACCAGCUGGUUUCCACCGUAAUGUCCGCUUCAACAACUACCCUUCGGUAUCCGGGAUAUAUGCAUAACGACCUUGUUAGCGUGAUAGCAUCUCUCAUCCCAAUUCCGCGUGCGCACUUCCUGAUUACCUCAUACACGCCGUUCACUGGCGAUCAGGUUGAGCAGGCCAAGACUGUGCGGAAAACAACCGUGUUGGAUGUCAUGCGCAGGCUCCUUCAGCCCAAGAACCGUAUGAUGUCAAUAACACCCGGUAAAUCAAGCUGCUACAUUAGCAUCCUUAACAUUAUCCAGGGUGAGGCAGACCAAACAGACGUGCACAAGUCUGUUCUGCGCAUCCGGGAGAGACAUCUAGCCUCGUUCAUUCCCUGGGGCCCGGCCAGCAUCCAGGUAGCUAUCCCAAAGAAAUCACCAUACCUCCAGAACACGCACCGAGUCAGCGGCUUGAUGCUGGCCAAUCACACCUCGGUGGCUACGUUAUUCAAGCGUAUUGUCAGCCAAUACGAUCGCCUGCGGAAACGCAACGCCUUUCUGGAACAGUACAAGAAGGAAGCCCCCUUUGCAGACGGGCUGGGUGAGUUCGAUGAAGCGCGAGAGGUCGUCAUGGACCUCGUCGCUGAAUACGAAGCUGCGGAGAAGCCGGAUUAUCUUGGGGGAGGGGCGGAGGGAGAUCACGGAGACGAGGGAUAA